AGGAUGAAGCGGACGAUCAUUAAAGAUUGGAAAACGAGACUGAGCUACUUCCUGCAGAACUCUUCCAAUUCUACUAAAAUGAAAUCUAAGAAAGUGGGGAAACAGCGCACCUACUUCAGACCUUCCCCUGAAGAAGCCCGGUUGUGGUCAGAAGCCUUUGAUGAACUUCUUGCUAAUAAAUAUGGUCUUGCUGCUUUCCGAGCUUUUCUGAAGGCUGAGUUCUGUGAAGAAAACAUUGAGUUCUGGCUGGCCUGUGAGGACUUCAAGAAAACCAAGUCACCUCAGAAGCUGACAUUGAAAGCAAAAAAAAUCUAUAAUGACUUCAUUGAAAAAGAAGCUCCCAAAGAGAUAAAUAUAGACUUCCAAACCAAGAGCAUGAUUGCGCAGAAUAUUCAAGAAGCCACCCAUACUUGCUUCAGUGCAGCCCAGAAGAGAGUUUACAGCUUAAUGGAGAAUAACUCAUACCCACGGUUUUUGGAAUCUGAAUUCUAUCAGGAGCUGUGCAAGAAGGUGCCCAUCACUGGAGCAGCCCAGGGGACAUGA